AGAGUUCACGACUAUAUGGACUCGCAGCCUGAGAUAAAUGAGAAAAUGAGAGCAAUUCUGGUGGAUUGGUUGAUCGAAGUUCACAACAAAUUUGAACUCAUGCCAGAGACUCUAUACCUCACUAUCAACAUUGUUGAUCGCUACCUCGCUUCAAAGUCGGUGAUGAGGAGGGAACUCCGAUUAGUAGGCAUCAGUGCCAUGCUCAUGGCCUCCAAAUAUGAAAAAAUCUGGGCCGUAGAGGUCAAUGACUUUGUGUGCAUCUCAGACAGGGCUUAUACAAAUGAGCAAGUGCUGAUUACCGAGAAACGCAUACUGAGAGAGCUCAAAUGGAGCUUAACAGGUCCUACGCCUUAUGUGUUCCUCGCGUGCUUCAUCAAAGCCGCUGUUGCUGAUCAGCAUAUGGAGAACAUGGUGUAUUUUCUGGCUGAGCUAGGGAUAAUGAAUUAUGCCACCAUUAUAUACUGUCCACCAAUGCUUGUUGCCUCAGCAGUCUACACUGCCCGUUGCACCAUCAACAAAAGCCCUGCUUGGAACGACACACUAAAACUGCACACUGGUUUCUCAGAGACACAACUUAUGGAUUGUGCUAAACUACUGGUUAGCUUCCACUUGAUGGCCGCAGAAAACAAGUUGAAGGUGAUCUAUAGGAAAUACUCCAAUCCCGAGAGAGGCGUCGUUGCCCUGCUCUCGCCGGCCAAAAGUCUAUUGGCUGCUGCUACAUCAUGACUAACAACAACAUCAAGCAAUUACUGUGUCUUGGAUUUUGCUUCUAAUAACA